AUGGGCUCGGACGUCUGGGUCGGCCCGUGGCGGCCGCACCGGCCCCGCGGCCCCAUCGGAGCCCUCUACAGCGGCCCGGGGCCCAAGUACAAGCUACCACCCAGCACCGGCUACAUCCUGCACGACCCUUCGCGGCCCCGCGCCCCGGCCUUCACCUUCGGCGCGCGCCUCCCGACACAGCAGACAUCGUGCGGCCCCGGGCCUGGCCACCUGGUGCCCGCUCGCAUGACCGUGCGCGGUCUCGACAGCGCCCCCGCGUACUCCAUCUUCGGCCGCCCGCGGCACGCAGCGCCCUUCCUCACUCCCGGACCCGGCAGGUACUUCCCGGAGCGAGCCGGGAAUGCAGCGUACCCCAGCGCGCCUCGGCACACCAUCGCUCCCCGAAACUGGGGCCUCCGCCUGGAGUCGCAAACCCCAGGCCCCGGGACCUACACUAUGCCCUCACUCCUGGGCCCGCGCGUAGUCGGCAAAGUGUCGGCGCCGACUUACUCCAUCUACGGCCGCAGCGCGGUGGGCAGCUUCUGCGAGGACCUCAGCAAGACCCCGGGGCCCUGCGCCUACCACGUGGUGAACCCUGGGGUCUACAAGCCCCGGGCCCCCCAGUUCUCGAUGCUGGCGCGGACUUCGCUCUCCCAAGGCAACACCCAGAAUCCCGGCCCUGCAGCCUACAACGUGGACCAGGUGGUCUGCAGUUCAGGGUCAAGGCACCGGAAGCCUCGCGGCUGGACCUUCGGGAUCCGGCACUCGGACUACCUGGCCCCGAUGAUGACCAACGCGGACGAUGACCCGCUGGGCGGGCGCUGUCCCGCAGAUGUUUCUUAAAGCCUCUGGAACCAACAGCGUGUCGGCCUCUCUGCGCUCUCGGCGGCUGGCGGGCGGGCGGGCGGAGUCCAGGCUCCCGCAGGCCCUCGCGAUUGGUCAGGACAGAAGUGCGCCAGUCCUCCCGCCCC